AUGAAUAUCGGUGGGCAGCAACCUCAACAAUAUUGUUUACGAUGGAACAACCAUCGUUCCAAUUUAUUAACAGUAUUUGAUGAACUCUUACAAAAUGAAGCAUUCACGGAUGUGACACUCGCAUGUGAGGGCGGUUCAGCUAAAUGCCAUAAAAUGGUUUUGGCUGCAUGCUCAUCAUAUUUCCAAAAUUUAUUCACUGGAUUACCACACCCAUGCACACAUCCAGUGGUUGUACUAAAAGAUGUUAAAUACACAGAAAUUAAAGCAAUAUUAGAGUAUAUGUAUCGAGGUGAAGUCAAUGUAGCACAAGAUCAAUUAGCUGCAUUAUUAAAAGUUGCAGAAGCAUUAAAAGUAAAAGGUUUAAUUGAAGAAAAUGGCAAUUCAAGUGUAUCACAAAGUAGUAAAUCAACAAUUAAAAGGGAGGAACAACAAAUUGAACAGAAUUCACCGCCAACAAUUACAACAUCAACAAAUAAUGUUCAAUCUGUUGCGCAUAGUAGUAGCAGUAAUGGAUCACCUCCACAUUCUACAGGUAUAAAUGGACCACAUUCCUUUUCAAAAAGUCCAUACAAUAUGUAUGGAAAAUCACCAAUUGAACGUGGCUCACGUAUGGGAUUACCAAUGUGGGCAGUACCUGGAAUGUCAGUUCCACAUCAUGCAUCCACUGUAACACCACCAUCCGCAGUAGCCGCAGCCAUGUUAACUAGUUGUUACGAAGCCGCCAGUCCAGACAUGUCACCAUUAAAACGUAAGAAAAUGUCUAGCAUGAUGAUGAGCCGUGACACACCUAUUUUACGUACAGUACUUGGACAAGGGCAAGCCGAUUCAUCCCAACCUGUAUCAUUAGUAUGUCAUCCGGAUAGUCAUGAAAAUUUACACUCAAAUGGAUCUGCAUAUGAUAACGAUAAGGCACAUAAAAGCGAACCGUCUGACGAAGCUCAAUCCCCGUAUACCGAUAUUACCGAUGACGAUGAUAAAGCAAAAUUACAACAUUUAGCAGCGACAUCACCAUACUCAAACGACAUGCGAUUAUCAACUGGAAUAGCGACUUAUGUACCAACACAAAAACCAGAAUGGAAACGAUAUAAACAAUAUACACGAAAUGAUAUUAUGUCAGCAAUCGAGGCGGUGCGUACCGGUAUGAGUGCAUUACAAGCAGCAAGAAAGUACGGUGUCCCAUCUCGAACCUUAUACGACAAAGUAAAAAAAUUGGGUAUAACAACUUCGAGGCCUUUUAAACGUGGUUCAAAUGGAAGUAGCAUAAUGUUUCCUUAUGGUAUAAGUGGUACAAGUUCUCCUUACGGUGGUCAUAUUCAUGAAGGUGAAGAAGCCGCCAUAUCUGGACACCAUCCGAAUAUGACAUUAGAAGGUAGUUUCUUUCAACAUUCAAUAAGUGGUACACCAAAUGGUCCAGGUGGUCGGUCGCCAAGUCCCAGUCCUAGUUUAGUACAAUAUAUGCGUCAAAAUAGUCUAACACCGUCACCACCUGAUGAUCAUCAUCGUAGCGAAACAAACGGCAGCUCAGAGCGCGAACGUGAUGAAGAGAAUGAUGACGAUCAAGUUGAAGAUUUAUCAAUACAGCGUAAAGAUGAUCCUUCACCGCAACAAUCACGUGUAAUUGUACCUCCAAUGAAUCAAGUGUCUACAAUAAUAAAAAAAGAAAUGGAACCUAUAAAAGAGACACAAAAUCUAUGUGAAGAUUUACGAAGAGAAGUUCAGGUAGACGAUGCAAAUUAA